CAUCGUUGUUGUUCAUCUUUGGUGGUGCAUGUUUUGAGGAGUUGUUGUGAAGUUUUCUACAACGGAAAGAGACGGACAGUAUAAAUAGUCGCACCCUUGUCGAGUAUAUUUUCUACUAAUUUUAAAUUUUUAGCACGGCAUAAAGCUUUCAGAUUCUUGCAAUAGAUCCAGAUCUAUUAGGCGACUUUAGCUAGCUUCCUGUUUAGCUGUAAAUUCUGAGACCUGAAAGUGAUGGUCAUGUCAUGCAUUUUGACUGCACUCAGCUGCUUUUUAUAAAUCCUUGUUUUAGAUUUUUGAUUCACCGGUGAUAAUGGGGCUGAAUACUCGCAUAGAGUGCAUAUUCUUUAGUGAAUUUCACCCAACACUGGGACCAAAGAUCACUUAUCAGGUUCCAGAGGAGUACAUUUCUCGUGAACUGUUUGACACAGUCCAGGUUUACAUUAUCACCAAACCAGAGCUGCAAAACAAACUAAUAACAGUUACUGCAAUGGGGAAGAAGCUGAUUGGAUGUCCUGUGUGCAUUGAGCAUAAAAAGUAUAGCAGAAAUGCUCUCCUGUUUAAUCUUGGCCUCGUUUGUGACGCUCAGACCAACACAUGUCCACUAGAGCCUAUUGUUAAGAAACUGUCUGGCUACCUCACUACACUUGAGCUUGAAAGUGGCUUUAUAUCUAAUGAAGAAAGCAAACAGAAAUUAUUGCCCAUUAUGUCUACUUUGUUAGAAGAACUGAAUGCUACGGGUGCCUGCACACUCCCUAUUGACACAUCCAAUACUAUACAUCUGAAAGAAAUUCAGCCAAGGAAAGAUCCAGCCAUAGUCCAAGAAUAUGAUGUCCCUGUUUUCAGUCAGUGCAAGGACCACUUCAUCAAAUCUCAAUGGGACCUCACCACUCAACAGAUCUUGCCCUAUAUUGAUGGAUUCAGACACAUUCAAAAAAUCUCAGCAGAGGCAGAUGUGGAGCUCAAUCUUGUUCGAAUUGCUGUGCAGAAUCUACUGUAUUAUGAUAUUGUGACCCUGGUAUCAAUAUUUCAGUACAGCAACGUCUACUGCACUACUCCAAAAGUACAAAGCCUUAUGGAUGACAAGUCUAUCCAGGAGGAGUGCCUCAAUUAUGUCACUAAAGCGGGUCAGAAGCAAGCGAGCCUCAGAGAUGUUUUCCAGCUCUACUGUGGUCUGAGUCCAGGAACUACGGUCCGCGACCUUUGUUCUCGAUACUCACUACAACUUCAAAGAGUGGACGAGAGGAAGCUGAUCCAGUUCGGUCUCAUGAAAUGUCUAAUACGGAGGCUGCAGAAGUAUCCCGUCAAGGUUAUCCGCGAUGAGAAAAGCAGGCCUCCUCGUCUCUUCACCGGUUGCCAUAGUUACGAUGAGAUCUGUUGCAAAACGGGAAUAAGUUACCAGGAAUUGGAUGAACGCUUGGAAAAUGACCCUAACAUUGUUGUGUGCUGGAAGUAAUUUGAAAACGCAAUGAAAAAGUUUGAUUCAUUUACCUAUGGACAAUGGAAGUGAAUAUACAUGGAAAAACAACAUGGACGACUUUUCAUUACAACUUAUACAACUAACAGCUUUAACAUUAUGACUAAGGGACAGGGAAGACAUUACCACAGCUUUUCAUCAUGAUGCGGACAAUAAGUAAACAUUAAAAGCUGACAAUGUGAAGUAGGGAUGGGCGAUAUGCCAAAAAAAAUUUAAAAAAAUGGGAUAUAACUGUUUCAAGUUUUCACUGAGCUACAUCACAAUUAAUCUAAAAUAAACUUUGUAUCAUUUUUAUUGCGUUGACUAACUAAAGUCAUCUGCUUCUGAAAGUUCACAGGUCUUUGCACUUGGUUUUAUCCAGUUGUUGCUCACUCAGAGUAUUGCUAAAGGUGAGAAAAAGUGUAGCAUUCUCUCAGGAAUUAAAUCACAAUUUGAUUUUCAUCACCAUAUCACCCAAACUUAAUGUGCAGCUACAAAAAUGGGCAAGUGUAAGUAGUAAAAAGGUACGAGUAAAGUAAAAGGUGAUGACUAUAUAACAAGUUCAGAGCAUCUCCAAAACUCCAGCUCUUGUUCGGGGUUUCCAGUCUAUCCUAUCUGUCAACAAUACUAAUUCAAACCAGAAAUGUGAAAGUGAUGUGUGUGUGUGUGUGUGUGUGUAUAAUGCAAUCCCUGGUGAUAUAAACCCCUUAACCCCUGACAAAUUUCACUGUGACAAUCCUUUCCUUUCUUGACUGCAACGUGUGUCUGAAAAUGGCAAGUGUGGUGAUCUUUACAAACAUCUAAUCAGAGUGGUUAUCUAACGAAAUGAUGUAACUUUUUGGGGGUAAUUGAGGUGGCGCAUUUGAGGAUGCAGUAAAAAAAACAAUACCUUGAUAAAGAGACUAUAUUCCCUGUUUUCCUUGAAGCAUUGUGUAUUUAUUGUGUUUGUUUUUGCAUAGCACAUACACUGAAAUGUCUAUUACCAAUCCAUGGAAAAACAAAAUACAUCAAAUCUGUGUUUUGU